UAGCAUAUAAAUGACGGCAGGAGCCUGAGACCGCUGGCUUCUCCUAAGAGAGAAGUCGAGGUUGGGGAAGAGCGACCCGAGGUAUUCAUUUGCCGCCCUCUUCAACUUCUCCGCUCUCUUACUUAGCUCUUCUUUCGCCAAGUAAUGGAUUUUGGGUUCGAAUCGCUUCUUUCCGAUGGAUUAACUUCUGGUAAUGCUUCUCUUCGAUCCUUUUUCUACGAAGAACGAUGAAGGUUCACGUGAUAUCUAGGUCAUGAGCUUCUGCCUCCGUCAGAACCGUUUUUUUCGCGGUAUUUCUUCCAGGUCAAGGCAUUGGGUUAUCCUAAGUUGAACCUGUCGUUUGGGGUUGCAUUGUGAGAGCAUUUGUUUGCCAGCUCUCAUGCCUCUUUAUAAGAGAAAACCUUAUCUUCUAGCUGAUCCACCCAAGGAUCUGGAUCCUAAUGAACUUGUUUACCAAAUUAGAUUCACAAAAGAGAUUUUUAGGGAUUAUCAAGAAUACUUAAACAGAUUAAAUCUUUAUCGCCGAAGAUUAUGGACUUGCAAGGUUACAGGAAAAAUUAAUUUGACAUAUGAAGAGGCUUUGGUCUCUGAACAUAAUGCCACAGAGAGAGUGCAGCAAUUCCCUGGUGAAUUGGUGCCGCAUGUUUUGAAUAUGAUCCAAUACAGCUCUCUAAAUUUGACAGAUCUUAUCAAUGAAAUACAUAAAAAUUUACAGAAAAAUCUCUAUGAAGGCAUUGAGUUACAUGCGAAGAAAGGGGAGUCCGUUUGUGCUUGCAAAAUCAUAGAAAUUAUAAAGGAUGGUGAAGUCACUCGAUGCAAAGUUGGUUGGCUGGAUAAAGAAAGACAAGUAACUGAUGUUUCAGUAGUUAGUGAAGAAGAUCUGAUACGCAAGAAGCCGCCAUUAAGUAGAAGUAUCCUAAAAGCUUUUAUCAGAGAGUCUACCUGUCAGAUUUCUCCAUGGUUGGUUCAUGAAAAGUUUGCCAAGAAGCAUGGGAUCUCAACUGAUAAACUUACUUGUCAAAAUGGUGUUUUAGACAUCAGCAAAGAUAGGAAGAGAGGUGGAACAAAAAAUAAGUUGGAUAAUCAAAAUUUGAAACCCAAUCAGAAGAAGAGAAAAACUGAAAAUGGGCACGUGUCAGACAAUCGAGUUGAAGAGCCAAUCAUUUAUCCAAUUGAUGAUCUAUUAGUGAAGCCAUCUGCAGAUGAUCCAAACUUUACAGAUCGACCCUUGCCAUCUACUGAUUUUAAUGUGCCCAUGGAUUGUGUUGGCGAUCUUCUUAUGUUUUGGAAUUUCUUUACAUCUUUUGGCAGGUUUUUGCACUUAUGGCCUUUCUCUCUCGAGGAUUUUGAAAAUGCUAUCUGUCACAAGCAUAGUGAAGUUAUGCUUAUUCUGGAAUCUCAUUCAGCAAUUCUUAAGCUUCUCAUUAAGGAUGGUGGUGACUAUUACGUGGCUAUUCAAAACAAGAGAAAAAAAUUAAAGGUUAAACUGACCAACUGGGCUAAUUAUUUAUGCCACUUUCUCGAGAUGAGGAACAAACCAGAAUUGUCAGAUCACAUUCCUAUUAUAAAACGAGGACAUUAUGGUCUUCUGGAGGUUCAUGUCAAACUGGGUAUUCUAAGGGAACUAGUUGCAGAGGCACUUGUGACAAAUGCUAUUAGAGAUUGGCUAAAUGAGUGUAUCGAACAGAAAAAGGUUCUUUUAGCCAGAAAAAGAGAGGAAGUCAAAACAAAGAAAGAUCAACAUCAUCGCAAAGAAGGUGAAAAUCACACCGAAGAAAUGAAUUUGAAACACAUGUUGGUAAAUGGUAAGGGGAAUUAUGUAAAUUUAUCUAUGGGAAGUGCGCCUAAAUAUAGUAAUGGCUAUUUAAAAGCUAAUGGAAGGAUUCAAUCAGCUGACAGGAAAUUGAUUAUGGAAAAUGGUGAAUCGCCUCUAAGAAUAGAGAACAAAGAUGGAGAGAAUCAGGAUAAAAUAUCAAUUAAUGAGCAGAGAGAGCAUUUUGAAAGGGAGGUAGAGAAGCUUUCAAUUCGCACAAAUUGCAUUGGCAAAGAUAGAAACUAUAGUAUGUAUUGGUUCUUCCGGCGCGAAGGAAGACUUUUUGUGGAAAGCUCGGAUUCUAAUAAGUGGGGUUACUAUUCUACCAAGGAAGAGCUUGAUGCGCUUAUAGGUUCAUUAAAUGAAAAGGGUGAAAGGGAGAGAGACCUUAAAAGACAACUGGAGAAGUACUAUGUUAAGAUUAGCACCGCAUUACAGAAGAGAUCGAAGGACAUAGCUCAGAAGAUCCUUAUCGAUGAAAGUGAGCUGCGACGGUCAACACGUGUUAAAUCCCUGCCAAGAUGCAGUCCAGCCAUGACAUUCCAUAAAUAUAUCAACAGGUGGAAGGAGAAACCAAAAGCAUCAAAACGCCAUAAGAAGGAUCAUGUUGUGAAUUUGGAUUUCAUUAGAAAAAGUCAUGUAUUGGUUUCAAACCAUUUAUAAUUCUGUAGCAUUUAAAGACAUGUAUCAAUGUUUGUAUGGAUAUGCAUUGCACCUGAAACCUGCAGCAAAAGAUAAAUUUCUUUCAGAUUGGGAAUGAAAAGCUUUAUCACAACCAUCAUAGAUUUUCUCCGAGACCCAUACGAAGCAUCCUUGGCUCUAGUUGGCAACAAUUCAUGCCUCGGAAUCGGAGCCUGAUUAAUCAAGUUUAGCCUGUUGAAAAUUGAAACUAAUGAAGUUAUUUAUGAGUAAAAUUUUACCUUUUCAAUUUGGUUUGCAAAUAGUGUGAAUGUAGAAGUGACUGUCUCGAAAUAUGGGUGUAACAAGCUGAGUUUAAGC